AUGAGCCCGAACACAGUACAGACAGCAUCAGCAGCACUGACAGCAGCGGCAGAGAUCCGCUGUGAGAGACUGCCCGGGAUACCCAGGCGCUCUGACCGCAUGGAGAACCGGCUGGCACGGCGGGAGGCAGCGGGAGCGCGCGGUGCCCCCGGUUCAUCCCACCACUCCUGUCCGGACUGCAGCCAGCGGUUCCAGUUUGAGUUCCCUUUCUUGGCCCAUCUCCGGUUCCGUUGCACCAAGAGACUGCAGAGCAUUGCUGCAGCCGACGAGGAGCACAGCAAAGACAGCGGCACAGAGCGACCAAACGCAACCCCAACCAGGACCAGCCCAAAGGUAGUCCGCUCCGAAGGUUUCAGCAGUCAUCAGGACAACAAUAAACCCUCCACAGACUUUCAUAACCUAGCCAGGGAUCUAGAGAACAACCGGACCAGCCCGCCGAGUGACAAGGAGGCCGAGAUCUGCAGCGAGAGCUCGGGCAAGAGGAAGUUCUCCGAAAUAGAGGACAGGGAGUGCAGAGGACCCAGCCUUCCGCAGUCCAAGUCUAAAGACGAGCUUGCAACGUCUGUGCAGAAUUACAGAGGAGCAUAUGGCCUAGAGGACAACCACCGGUCCUUCUCCCCACCAGGCUCCAUAGAGCUGGGAGAGGUAAAGCGCAGCGCCUUUACUGAGGUUAAGUCAGCCCAGCACUCCAAACAGCACAGCAGCAGCAAAAGUCUCCAAAGCUCCAACUCUGAAAACAAAGAUGGAGGUCGGCCCAGCAGCAACCCCUCGGAGAAACACCUUAGCAUCAGGUCUGUGCUGUCAGAGACGCAGCCGCCCCAAAGCUCGCCCAUGGGCAGUGCUUUCACCUCCGUCAGCCAGCAAGGAGGUGGCAGUGGUGGGGAGAGGAAGAGUGCCUUCAGUCAGCCAUCUCGCUCCUUUUCGCAGAUCUCACCACUGGUGAUGCCACCCAAGCUGCUGGACUGCCACCCAGCGGUGGGCGACACCAUCUCCUCCAACAGACUCUACCAGGCUGACCACCUUGCUGCCAAGCUGCAGGGUGCAGAACUGGGCGCCAACUGCCCCGUGCCGGGCGGCAUGGCCAAGCAGAACCCCUUUGUCUACGCCACCGCCUUCUGGCCCAAGAACUCCGGACCUAUCCAGCUUCAGAUGCCCUCAGCUCUCACCCUGCUGCCUCCCUCAUUCACCUCGCUCUGUCUGCCCGCUCAGAACUGGUGCGCCAAGUGCAACGCCUCCUUCCGCAUGACCUCAGACCUGGUUUACCACAUGCGAUCCCACCACAAAAAGGAGUACUCCAUGGAGCCUCUGGUCAAGCGGCGGCGCGAGGAGAAGCUCAAGUGCCCCAUAUGCAACGAGUCCUUCCGGGAACGGCAUCACUUGUCACGUCACAUGACCUCCCAUAACUGACUUUUUGAAACUAACAAGGACGAGACUUUUGUUUAACAUGGACGGAUUGUCAACCUGCCUGGAUUUAAGCACUCCAACUGGAAAUAGACCACUUAAAAACACAAGAACACCCCUUGCACUUACUUUCACUUUGGACUAUAAUCUUUGAAUUCCUUUUCUGUCUGUUUGCUUUUACUCCCCUGUAAAAACAAUUAAUGUUUUGGGUGUAUGCAAAUGCGUUUUGACUUCAAAAAUGAAUCUAUUUAUGAAAAGUUCACUUAAAAGUUUGAGAAUAAGGGAAGAUUUAAAUAUGUGUAAUUGUACAGUAAGUUGUAUUUUAUAUCAUAUAAAUGCAAAUAUAGAGAAAAAUGACAAAUGUAGUCAUACAUCAUGGUUUACAACGCAGCGAGUUUUUUCAUGUCUACAACCAAUAUGGACACAAAUUGGGGAUAUUAUGUCAGACUAUAUUUCAGAGUGCAUGUAAUAUGAAAUGAUAUUGAUUUAAGAUGCAGUCUAUACAUUACAAUGUAAAUAAUUUGUUUUAUUUGAAAUACAAAGUGUAAUAUUUUGUGUCAGUGGGGAAUAGUUUCAGUGUUUCUUCCUUUUGCGGGAAUUUACUACUUGAUAGUUUAUCUAAUCAUGU